AUGAAGAAGUCAUCACCAUUGCUCUGUUUCUCUCUUGCUUUGUUUUCUCUCCUCUCAUCUCCUUCCUCUUCCACUCGUAUAAUCUCCUCCAUUGUCCCCUCCGCCGCUCCUUCUCCCGCCGUAGCCCCCACCACCGACGGCGACGUAGACGAAAACGAUUUCUCCGCCUUCACGCAAUGGAACAUUUUAAACCUAACGGACCUUAAAAGUACCUUUAAAAACCUCCCGGAUUUCUCUAAGCUCAACAUCUCAUCCCUUCACGUGUCACCCGCCGUUGGCUCCGUCUGCUCUAACACCGACUACGCCGCCGAAUGCAUCGUCUCAAUCCUCCCACUCCUCCGUGACUUCCGCAAAUUCGAGCCAAAACCCAUCGACGUCCUUCGAAUGGAGAUGAGUGCGCUCUACGAGAAAGCUAACGCCACGCUUGACUUAGCCAAGCGUCUCAUCGUGGAUAAGUCAACGCCGCGUGACGUGGCUGAUGUAUUGGACUUGUGUGUCGAUAACUACGAGUCGCUUCUCGAUGAUCUUAAAGAUGCUUCCGUAGCCGUCGAUGAUGGAGACUUUGAACGGCUCGAGAGUGUGGUCAGUGCUGCGAUCGCUGAUGUGGUGACUUGCUCUGACGCGUUCGCUGAGUCGUCGGAGCUUGAGUCGCCGAUGGCUAACGUUGAUGAUUUUCUUAAGAAACUUUGUAGCAAUGUCUUGGCUAUUUCUCAGAUGAUCCACAUGUAA